AUGAACACUCUACUAGUCUUCUUCAGCAUCCUCAUCAGCUACUGCAACUGCAACGUCAGUCCAGUCGGUGUCCAGUACUUGGAAAACAUCUGGAGCGACGAGAUGAUGGACAAAAUCCGCGAAGUCUUCAGGGAAUCGACUAUCACCGACAUGGCAGCUGAUGACAUCCCAGCCUCUCAAUUCGACAACAUCGGUGAAUCCCUUCCUCUUGAUCCUAACGGCCGCUGCCCAGCUGAAUACACUGUCAAUAAGCAAGGAACACGAUGUGUUUUCAUUGGCCGUAUUGACGUAGCCACCGAGUACGUAAAAACAGGAGGGAUCAGCCGACAGAGGAAGAGCAUAGAAGGCCUCUACUCUGCCGCUAACCCCUUCAUCUCAAAAGUCCAAAAUGGUGCCAGGCGAGAAGAACUCGCAGAAAUCAUGGCUAAAUCUCCAGUCAGCGGCGCUCUCGAAAACACUUGCCAGGAAGGCAUCCUCAGAAAUGUCGUCAUGACGAUGUUGAUCAUGCUUCCCGGCCAAACUGUCCCUGUUCACUACGAUAUUCCUCUCUUUUCCGAUCUUCCAAAAGCAAAUGCACCAGCCUGGCUCCAAGUUGCCUACGCUCUAAGUGGGCUCAACAAGGAUCGGGAAAUCCGACAAGUGCAGACCAUCACAUACUUGACCGGCAAUGCCUCCAACUCCAACCAAGGUGGCGACUUUGUCUACUGGCUUGAAGGACCCCAAGGGCCAAUGGAAAGCUUCCCUGUUGUGGCCAACUCGGCCAUUGUCACUGAUGGCGUCCACGUUGCCCACGCUGUCAAGGUUUGGCAGCCAGAAUCCGGCCAUUCCGCACCAAAACUGAACAAAGAUGACCAAAACGAGAUCCGAUACAUCGGCGACUCCAAGUGGCAGAUUUUCAUCAACGGCGUCGGCGAGAAAGUCUACGAGGAAUCCGAGCUCCGAAUGUCUUUCAUUUCCCGAUACAUCUGUUUCCGCGAUCAAGAAGAAGAAAACUCUUACACCUUCCAAAGUGGCCAGAAAAACGCCACUUCCGUUCUUGAAGAAAUGUCGGAGGCACUUGAAACCGACCUUGUAACGGGCGAAAACCGAAAAACCGCGCGAGACACAAUUUUGACGAAUUAUCUUCAAUAUCCGGCAACAGGAGGAUUGAAUUACUGCGUCCUGCCGGAACUUGUUCCUGGAACUGCCGGAUCAGUUCUGAAAUUUAUCUUCUCGUAUAUCUGCUAA